AUGAUUUCCAGAGGCCAUCGCAUUUUUCAAAUAUUGUUGGCUGGCUCAGUCGCUUAUCUUCUCUUCAUAUUACUCGGCAGCUCUCUGCAAGUUGCAUGGCCUAAACAACUGCCCUACCUUGCUCAGAGGACCUUUUCUUCGAGGACGUUCAGCCAUAUUCAAAACGAAACGCUCGGGUUUGAGCACAUCUACGCCAUCGGCUUACCGGAACGCACGGACAAACGCGACUUCCUUGGUUUGGCCGCCUCUUUGUCUGGCUUCAAGGUCGACUGGCUCGAUGGAGUUCGCCCGGAAAGCCUGAACCAGAAGGCUAUGCCCAAGGGCCUUGACAUAGAGACAACAAAGCCGACUAUUAUUGCGUGUUGGCGUGCCCAUAUGAAUGCUUUGAGAAAGGUUGUCGAAAACUCAUUCUCGACCGCUUUGAUCCUAGAAGAUGAUGCAGACUGGGACGUGAACAUCAAAAGCCAGCUCACCGAAUUCGCCCACGGCUUACACACAAUUCAAGGAAACAAGAAAGUGUCCCCCGAAGCUCCCUACGGAACUGACUGGGAUUUGCUAUGGAUUGGCACGUGCAUGACUGGACCAGCUCAGAACGAGACACACUUUUACGCCAUCCCCCAUGACCCCACAGUCGCAAGUGUCAAGCAACGAGUCAGAACGGAAGGAAUCCCAGAUAGAUGGCAGCAAGAUUUCCCCGUAGACUCAACUCGAUACAUCUAUCAUGCCGAAAAUGGAUGUUGCCUGUACGGGUAUGCCGUUUCCAACCGCGGGGCAAAACGUAUACUGGCUGCGCUGUCUGUUGAUCACCUGGACAUGCCCGUGGACAACUCUUUGAGUGAUAUGUGUGGUGGUGUCAGUGGCAGACCAAAGAUUGAUUGUUACAUCCCGUCUCCCGGCUAUAUUGGUACCCACAAACGGGCUGGACCCUCCUCUCAAGAUUCCGAUAUUGAGAGUGGCGAUGCUAGCAAGUUCCAUGAAGAGAGGUCGUGGAAUAUCGUUUACAGUGCCAAGCGAAAUAUACAUCGCCUUGUUGCUGGGGAACACAUAUUCCACAAUCAAUGGCGAGAUGAGCCUGAGCCGUGGCAGUUGGCGGAGGUAGACGUGGAUAAUUUCGAGCAUCCACAGGGCUUUCUUGUUGAUUUGUGA